GUAGCAUUCAAAUGGUGCAGAUUAGUGAUAAUUUGAUUCAGCAGAAUAGCUGAAAUCCAAUCGCCGGGGGUGGUAGUGAGAACAGAUAAUUCAUGUGAAAAGAACCCUUUGACGAAAUAUCUAAAAAAAAACGUUUAACGUAGUGACUAUGAUAUCGUUCGUAGUUCUAACGACGCUGUUGGUGUGUGUCGUGGCCAAACCGCAGAAUCAAUUCGGUGCAAGAAGUUUCAACCAAAAUGUACCGUUCAAUCAGCAGCAGCAACAGCAACAACAACAGCAGCAGCACCAGCAACAUCAUAAUCAACAGUUCAACAAUCCGCAGCAUCAACUUCAUUCACAACAUCAGCAUAAUCAACACCAGCAUACGAAUCAGCAGCAGCAGCAGCAGCAUCAACAGCAACGUUUUGCCCAGCAAUUUCGGCAGUCGCAAACUCUGAGGGCACCUCCGCCUCCGGUAACACUGCAUCAGCAUCAGCCCCAGAUGCAGUUCAGCCAACGAUUACAACAAGCAUAUCCCGGUGGUGCUAGACCGUUCGUUCCAAUCACGUCGUACAACAACGACGUAUCGUACGAUGGUUCCUACUCGUACGGAUACACAACGGGAGACGGUCAGCAGCAGCAAGCUCAAGGUUACCUGAAAAAUCCCGGCCUUAAAGACCUUGAAGCCCAGGCCGUACAGGGUUCGUACUCGUACACUUCACCGGAAGGUCAGCUGAUCACGGUUACCUACAUCGCUGACGAAAACGGUUUUCGUGCUGAGGGAGCCCACUUACCGACGCCUCCUCCGAUUCCCGAAGCGAUCCAAAAAUCACUAGCGUUAAUUGCAGCUACUCAACCGGUCUCACAGAAAUUCAGUCAGGCCUACAGCCAGCAGCCGUUUGGAACCAACCAAAACUACAACCGUUUUGGGUAGCCCCAAACACGACCCCGGACUAACACCUCUGCCAUGAAAAGGAAGGAUCGAUUGAAUGCGUGACCUAUUGCGACACUCUUGAACACCAAGUCCCGCGGAUCCCAGCAGCCCAGCAUAGACGGUAGACAUCGGCAGAUGGCAGUAGGCCAAACGAACAUACGUCUAACAUACGAACAAAUUCUGGUGCGAUGUCGAUGCUUUACCGGCCUAGUAAACUCGUGCACCGUUGGAUGCUGGAAUCUGUAGUUAGUCAACGUUUUGUGCUUCUCAGUGUAAAUACCUCCUAUCUCUAACUUCGGACUAGCCGAUGACUAGUGAUUAAACGAUAAGUGCAAGUACGAAUU